AUAUUCAACUCAUUACGCAUAAGUCUUCUUUCUUCGCCUGUAUAACACUAAAUGAUCUUAACGUGAAUUCUACAGAAAACGUCGGCUGUGACCUUCCUGGCGAGCAGUGGCAUUGGCGAGGGGCAAGGAGGAAACAUGGCUGACAGGUUGGGGUCAGCUGAUGGCAGCCACUCCACGGUUUGAAAAAAGAUAGAAAUAAUGACUUAGACUCGCUUUUCCAGGGUGCUCCACGCCUCCUCUUCUCCACAAGCCGAGGUGCAGCAUGGAGGGAGAGAAGUUGGCUGAAUUCAUCUCCCACACUCAGGCUGAUCCCGUCCUUGCCAGACAGAUCUUACAAAGGGUGAAUUGGGAUGUGGAGGAUGCAGUCCGCUGGUUUUCGGUGCUACGAGGGACCAGCCCCUCUCACCACUCAGGGUCAGUCCGAUCAGCUCCCUCCAAGUAUACCCCGUCAGUCAAACCACCUGUUGCCCCCAAACCAGUCUUUGACCACAAGCCAAGCCAGGACACUAUGCGCCUGCUGGCUGACACAAGGGGGCAGGGAGGGCCCAAGCUGGCACCACUGCCGCCCCCAAGAGCCAGGAAGAUGGGAGCCCUGCCCAAGAUACACCAGGAGAUGCACUCAGCACCCCAUGGCUUGCCUCCUGUGGCCCAGGAGGUGCUGCCCAUUGCCACCCUCUUUGCAGAGCCGUACCACCCAAGGGGCAUUAAUGCUGCACGAUCCAACAACCUCCCGCCCAUUCAGAAGACGUGUCAGGCAGAUUUCUGCCCACCACCCUGUCCUGCUGUGCCUCCCUCCAUGCCCAGCCUGAGCAAGCCCAGCAAAGUCCAAAGCAGCAGUGCCAAGAAUGCCCUGCUCAUUGAAAAAGUCCGAGGCACUGGUGCCAGUCUCCAGGAGGGACAGAAGGCCUCAUCACAUCAUCAUUAUCAUCAUCAUGGCUCCUACACCCUGGCCUCCACUUUGCCACAGCACCGUACCACCACCAUCUCCAUCGCUACCACUACUGCUGCUGCUGCUGCUGCCUCUGUUGCCACAGCCAUAGAUCCUUCUCACAUCACCAUCAACAGCAGCUGCAUCAUCUCCAUCAACAACCCCAACAACAACACCACCACUAGAAACAAUAACAUUUAUCCUGAUGAAUACUCUGCCUCCAGUGACUCAGGGAAGCACCCCAAGCCCUUCCAGACAACGAACAACCCCUAUGACUAUGCCCCUCACCUAGCCCUCAGAGACUCGCCCCCAAACACACUGUCACCCGCUGUGCCUUCCACCACCCCCUCGUGCAUCAUCAUCCCCUCCACCCCACCGCAGGAGACCCAGGAGAAGACACACCCCAAGGAGGCACAACGCAUGGAGAAGACCCAUCCAAAGGAGGCCUCAGAGGAAGCUAGGAGAGGCCUCAAGGCUAUAGAGGAAGGGGCAGGGGGUGGCAGCUCUGGGCCUUCCCUAUCAGCCCCUUGCUCCCCUGCAAAGCCCCUGCUACGCAAGACUGAGGCAGUGGACCUUGAGGAAUAUGAUUACUACAAGAAGCUCAGCCGAGGAAUCUCUAAGGCAACAGACAACGUAAACCUGGUGUCUAAGGCUCGCUCGGAGUUUGCACAAGAGAUCUGGGAGGCCAUAGAUGCUAGUCGUACUCCCAUCUUUAUUGAGACGCCUGUGUUCACUUUUACCCUGCCAGACCUCAGCAUAUACUCAGAUGAGUUCCGAAUGUUCCUGGAGCGUGACCUGAUAGAGACAUCAACUUUGGUCUCUCUAGAGGGUGCUGGGCGCCUCAACUGGUGGGCGCUGGUGGGGGCGUCACAGCGGCUGUGGCCCCUCGCCACCACAGGGGAUGGGAACUGCCUUCUACAUGCAGCCUCCCUUGGGAUGUGGGGUUUUCAUGAUCGGCUACUCACUCUCCGCAAGGCCCUGCAUGAAUUCCUGACCCGCAGCAAAUUCAGCCGACCCUUGUGGAGGAGGUGGAGGUGGCAGGUGACACAGCAGAACAGAGAAACAGGACUAGUGUACAGUGCUGCUGAGUGGGAGUCAGAGUGGGCCAAUGUACUGCGCUUGGCCUCCAGUGCGCCGCGGGGAGGACAGGAGACUGCUGCUGAUGCUACACAGGACAGUGGACACAAACUAGCUGCUUCAGACAAUGCUAAUGGAAAGUCCUCCUCCAUCUCCUCUUCCAGUAAAAGACUCAGUAAUGGAUUUCAGAGUGGUCAGAGUGAGGACUGCACUGGCCGAGUGUAUGAGAGUCUGGAGGAAAUUCAUGUCCUGGCACUGGCUCAUGUGUUGCGCCGGCCCAUCAUUGUGGUGGCAGACCUCACCCUCAAGGAUGUGAGUGGGGAGCCUCUUGCCCCGAUACCCUUUGGGGGGGUGUACCUUCCCCUGGAGUGUCCUCCCAGUGAGUGCCAGAGGUCGCCGCUCCUCCUCACCUAUGAUGCAGCUCACUUCUCUGCCCUGGUGGUCAUGGAGACUCAGGCUGAGUGCAGUGCCUCUCAGCUCCCUGCUGUCAUCCCCCUGACUGACUGCUGCCAUGAGCUGCUGGCCAUCCAAUUUGUUAUUGAUCCUGGGGAUGACUUUGUGUGGGGCAAGGACGACCUCAACCCAGCGGUGAUCCAGAAGCUAACCAUCACCAACCAUGACAAGAUAGGUCUCCUUAAUGAGUACCUGGAUGUGACACAGGUGACCAUACCCCCAGCAUACCUGGAGGCCUGUCAGGCAGUGGAUGAGGCUGAGUCUCCUGAGAAUUAUCAUCAAGAGGUGGAGAAGAAGUCUUCUGAGUCCAGCUUUGAUUCAGACGAGGGUCCACCAUACACAGAUGGUGCAGCUGGACUUUUUCCAGGUAAGAGCAAGGCAUCUAAGCAGCUCCAGACAGUGGCCAAGCAGUUUGGGAGCAUCGGUAAGUCCAUGUCCAAGAAGAUUAAGAAGAACUUUGGCACAUUGUCCAAGCUGGGGCGCACUGGCUCAUUCAGGAAGCGUGAAGAGUAUGUGAAGACGUGCAGCCUGGCCAGAACCAACCGCAUGCCUAAGAUAUCCACCCACCAGAACUUUAUUCUGGCAGCAGAGAUCCACACAGAGAAACGCCAUGCCUACCAAGAGGAGAUGGUGCGUAACUACCUUAACAAUGCACGCCGCAGGUUUGAGAAGGAACUGGAGGUGCGUCGGCGUCAGGAGGAGGAGGUGCGCCAGCUUGAGGUGGAGCAGCUAGAGCGGCAGGCGGAGGUGGAGGGGCCAGUGCAAUGCAUCAACCCUGGCUGUAGUAUGUAUGGAACAGCCCUCACCUCCUACAUGUGCUCCACCUGUUUCUCCAAGCAGCGGGAACAAGAGAAGGAGUACAAGCGUAUGGCAUCCUCCUCUUCAUCGUCCACUAACUCGUCCUCCACCAACAACCUCAAUUCCCCCAAGGCUCAACACCAGAGGGUCUUGGAAGGGCCACAGUAUGGUGCAGGAAGGUCAAAAUUUUAUACUGAGCUGGAUGCCACUUCAGCGGGAGACAUCAGCAAGAUCCCCGUCCACCAGGCACUCUCCAGCAGAAAAGACGGGACACUCUACCUCUCCAACUCUACCUUCUAUAAUGAUGUCUCCUCUGCUGUUCUGAGCUACAACAUGGCCAAGAGUCAGGUGUCAGGGGAGGAGCUUGACACUAGUGACUCUGCUGCGUCCAGUGGGGAAGCUGCUCUCAAGGUGUCGGCUCCCUCAGUUACUUCACUUGCCAGUCAUGGUGGUAUCAGAUUCACCCCAGUGGCAAUAGAUGAGGUUGGGAUCAAUAUGAGGGGAGAGGAGAGAUCAGAAAGCCCCAGCCAGCCAUGCCUUACCAGGGAUUGUAAAUUUUAUGGGAGUUGCUCCACCAGUGGGUAUUGCUCUCGCUGCUUUCAGAACACUGGCUCCAGAAAUGUCAUGGUGCAGCAAAUCAAGUCUGUCCAGCUGUAAUUACUAAAAUGUAUUUCCCAUACAGCCAGACCUCGCCUGUGUGUGUGUGAAUGUGUGUGUGUGUGUGUGUGUGUGUGUGUGUGUGUCCCCUCAGUGGCUUUCUAUGCUCCUGUGAAUCCCAUGUAAAGAUGUUUUUGAGCAAGUUGUUUUCUAGUCAUGGUGCAGUUUUCAUACAGGCUGGUUGAGUCUUAGAGGCUCUGGUCAUGAAGCUGGAGGUAGUGGAAUUGGCAGAAGUUAUGGAGGUGGGGAUGGUAGUGGAAGUGGAGGUGGUGUCAAUGCACUCAUCCUAACCUAUUGAAGGGUGAUGUGCUUUGAUGCUUGGUGAUGUUGGGUCCUAGUCAAAAGUUGAGGUAUCUUGGUAGGAGGUUUUGUGGUUGAUGGAUCUGGAGACAAUCAGUGAAUCUCUAGGAAUCUUGAGUAAAACAGUCUUGACGGGAUUGGUCCAUGAUGAUAUCCCUUAACUAUGAUGCCAAGAGUGGCAAGUCCUUAGGUUUAUAAGUAUUUUUGGGUCUUGGAGUUGUCUUGAAAGCCCUUGCAAGCUUGGUUUCCCAGGUGUGUAAGGCACUGUUUCACUAUUUGGUAUUCAUUGCUAGCUCUACUAGUUGGGCAAAGCUAAACUAGAGGUUCAUUGCCUUAACACCUUACAGGGUAAGAGAAGCUCCAUUGCAGUGCCAGAAGGACCUGUUAGUAUCUAUGGCAUGGCAUGAGGCAUCCCACACCAAGAUCUAAUGUUCACAUGGUGCAGUGUUGACUACCUCCACGUCAUGGUUCCAUACUCCUAUUAAGACUUUAUUCCUGACACAUUGAUUCACGUUAGUAUUUGUUUACCAUAUCAGUCAAGUUGACUCUGACUAUAUUUUGAGCAUUUGUAUCUGCAAAUUUUAUAAUUUACAUUCAUGGGUCUGGGUUUUGGUGGAUUGCAUGUAAAGUCUAUAUUUUCAUACUGUAAUUUGCAGCCUGAUGUAGUCUUGCUACAGUGGCAGAAUGUUGUCAAGUUACACCAGGCAUGAGGCCUUUGCCUUGCAGGAUAAGAUGGCUUUGGUAUCUGUGGAAUCUCAUACUCUAUAUAUGUAUGAUAAAAAUGUUACAUCACCUACCAUAGAAGACAUACAUACAUACUCAAAGUUUAUCACGAAAGCUUUAACUGCUUUAAUUUUGUAACAUGUAUAUACAUGAUUCCAUGAAUACUUUGCAGCAUCCUGUACUCCAGUGUGUGCACAGAUGUAAGGUAUUACUCACACCUGCACCAACAGGCCCUUGGUGGUAGUAGGUGGGAGGAGGAGCACCAGUCAAUCACCUGCUCACAACAGCCGUCUCUGGUGUUACGUCACGCUCCACUAGGUGUGUUUCAGGCUUGGUGUGAUAUUACAGGCAACUGUAUUUUUCAAUACAGCUUUCUUCCAUUUCAUAAACUUUAUAAAUAUUUUUGAAUAAUGGAGUGUACAACUCAUUUUGUACAAAAUAUUUAUUUUCACCUGUACAGCACAGAUUUAUGUAUUGUAAAUAUCUACUUGCUGAUAACAGGUAGACUGUACAAAUUUAAUUUCUUAGAUAAUUCAUCACAAGCAAACGUAGUUUGAGUUAGCUGCACAUUACUCUUUCUUCUCAAUUUUUGAUGUGGCUUGUGUAAGGGUUCAGUGCUCUGACAGGAGUUUGUUACAAAUAGUGAAGAGUUGUUAUGUAAGUCACCACAAUAUUGUGUUGCUACUGUCCCAAGGCAGCACAAGAAGCCUUGGCAGCACAGUAAAACAAGAGGCAAUAAUCUUGUGUUCGUGUCGUGUGGCACAGUGUCACUUUUAGGUAAUGAAAUUUUGACUGAAUUAAAUGUCAUGUCUCUGAAAUCUGUUCAUAACUAGGAAGUUAAAGUGUUCCUUAUCAUUUGUAUAUUAGUGUUACCACUGGAUACAUGUUACCCAUAUUUUUUGUUUAGAAUACCUUAUAGUUGAGUUUGCAAGAGUGUAAACUUUAGCUUAUCUGCUCAUCAUUGGUAGAGCCUUUGUCAGUUGUUUACAUUCCCCUCUUAGGUUGUGCAGUGUUCCUGUUGGAAUUUCCUUGUCUGCAGCUAUUUCUAGCAAUAGAAUCUUCAUACUAUUUAUAGUCCUAGGAAAGUUUUUUUUUUUUUUUUUUAAGCUAGUCUAAAAGGGACUCACUCGUGAACUAGAAUCUCAAUGGGAGUAUGUUACAGAAUUCUUAAGUAAUUUCAACUUGGUAUCUCUUCUGGGAUCUUCUUUUUGUAAUAUAUUCCAUUGGCCAGCUCGUGAGGAAAGCUCUUGACAGCAGUGUCUGUGACACACACUUGAACAACAGCGUUAGGCCAACGUCAAAGAUUCCUCAAAGCUGUGUAGCAGUUUGAGGACUGAGUUGUUUGUUGGUGUGUUGCUGGACAGUAAAACCUCAUUCCUGUGAAAUUUUUGACUAGUUUGGUGUCAAGACAUUGGUAUAUAAUUUCUCAAGAACUUAUAUCAAUCCAUAACUAACCCCUUCACUAUGGCCGGGCCAAAACAGCACCCCGCGCCGUAUCCGGGAUCGCCGUGCUUGCCAAAUUUCAAAUGUCACUAUUGAAUAUAACAAGUUUUCAGCCAUAAACUCAACAUAAUCAUCAUGUAUUAUAUAUGAAAACAUGCAGAUUUAAAUAAUGCAUGUAAAGAAACUCACUACGGCCGGGCCAAAACAGCGCUCCGCGCCGUAUCCGAGAUUGCCAUGCGUGCCAAAUUUCCAAUGUCGCUAUUGAAUAUAACAAGCUAUCAGCCAUAAACUCAACAUAAUAAUCAUGUAUUAUAUAUGAAAACAUGCAGAAUUAAAUGGUGCAGAUAAAGAAACUCACUACGGCCGGGCCAAAACAGCCCUGUGCCGUAUCCGGGAUCGCCGCGCGUGCCAAAUUUCAAAUGUCACUAUUGAAUAUAACAAGUUUUCAGCCAUAAACUCAACAUAAUCAUCAUGUGUUAUAUAUGAAAACAUGCAGAAUUAAAUGGUGAACAUAAAGAAACAAAUUAAUUGAUAAUUUUGAGAUGUAAGCAUAAAUAUAGAGAUAAAAUAACUCGUAUGUUGGCUAAAGCGAGCCAGGACGCAGUAUGUGCGUCCUUGGAUAUGGUACGGGGCGCGCAAGGACGCAGUAUACGCGUCCUCGUGUUGAAGGGGUUAAAUCCAGGCAGAAAUUAUUGUGAUUUAAAUCUUUUCCACAUUAGCUUUCAGGCAUAUUAGUGAUCUGAAUAGGAUUUUUUUGUUGUGCCCAAGUUAAAUUGCAUUACUCAUAUAGUUGGAGAGAAUAUUGUCUUUGCUUGCUAGCAGCCUACCAGGACUCUAUGUAAAAUGUGAUAAAUACAGUGCUCUUAACUCUUUCAUCAGUUUAUGAUUUAGUGAGAAUGUGGAAUAUAAGUGGGUAUACUUAGUGAUAGUUUCACUCACGAUUCAUGAAUGUCUGGAUUGGAACGAAUUGAAUAGUGGAUAAUGGAUAGUAAUGACAGGUACCUACAAGGAAAGUAUCCUUGGUUUGUAAGAAUUAUAACUAAUGUGCAGAUUUUUAUAGUUUAUCACAGGAUUUUUUCUAGUAAAUGUACUGUGAUACAUGCUUAUAGUAGGUUAUAGUACAGUAUAUCCAGCUUAGUUUAUUCUUAGGGCAUGUGCCAGAUGGUGUCCUGUCUGUAUUAGAAAUCAGAACUGGACAUGGGGCUUUGCUUUAGAUUACAAACAAGGACAAUACAGUGUAUUUUACUGGAGCACUUGAGCCAAACUCAACAAGGAAUGUGUUUUUGUUUUGUCAGUAACACCAAAAUGACCAGCACCACAGAAUAAGGUUUUACUGUCCUUGGUAAUGUAGUUUAAUGCCUUGAAAGCCAUAAGUCAUGCAGGCAUGUUUUCAAGAGUUUGUGAUAGAGCCCGGUUGUGAAGCAUCCUAUAGCUACCAUAUCUUGUUAGUUCUAGGACAAACUGAGCAUGACAUCAGGAAUCAUAACAAAUUGAAGACAGUCCCUAAGUUUGUGUAGUAGUCAUCAUGACGAUAUUAUUUUCACGUGAUAUAUUUUAAGUAACACCUGCUGACUCCUGGCUGUGGGCUGAACAACAUCUCAGGAGAGGCGGCGUGUCUUCAUAAAAUUCUCCACCCAAGGAGGAGCAAAAAGCUGUGAUCUGUGCUGCUUCAGAUCCUUCAGUAUUUAACUUUGAGUCUGAUUUUCUGCCUGUGAAGUGAUUGGUCUUUAUAUAUUUUAUCUAAUUAUUAGAAAAUAUUUUAUUUAUCAAUAGAGAUUAUUAUUAAGGUUAAGAUGUGUAUAUUGUACUAUUGCAUAAAUCAUUCACCAUUUUCAUAUGUGAAGUAGAAGCAAAAACAAUUUAUACUGUGAAUUUUGUAAGAACGCAUGAAUACAUAUUUCAUAUGGAAUAUUCUGUGUAUUUUCGUUAAAAUGAAUUAUUUUAAAAUGAAUAAUCUGAAAAACUGCUAGUCAUGUCAUGCUAUCGGCCGCCUUAACUGUACAUAUAGCUGUUCCCUGACCAGCACUGUGCGCCAUCAGCAGCACUGUACAUGUAGGUGUCUACAGUGCUGUACACAAAUGCACUGUAGUUACUAAAGGCAUACCAUAAAACAUUUUGUUACUCUAGCAUGCAUACGUAAAGCCUUAUCCAGGCAACUGUGUAUGUACUCAUGUACCAUGUAUAUAUGUACAGGUUUUACAUAUGUACAUAAAUACACUCACAGACCUCGACUCAUACACCAGAAUGCUUUGUAUUGAUGAAUUUGUCAGUGGUCAAUUUGAUACAAACCUGAUAUACAGGGUAACAUUGCUUUCAAUGUGUAAAUCUACUUAAACACUUUUGUAUUAAUUGAUUAUCACCUUUUCAGCUCCAUUAAUGUUUGCACCAAAAACAUCUAAUAUUUUUCUUGUGUAAUUUUGAUAUUUUCAAGGAAUGAGAAGUGCCAGUCAGAUAAUAGCGACGUGCCAGUCCCUGCCUGCCUGGCCAAGGCUCCACAAGAUGCACUUUCUCAGUCAAAUGGUGCUUGUUGAAUCACAGGAAAAAAAAAAGUGUGUUUGUACAGCUUGUGCUGAGGCCAUGUGUGUGUGGGUGUACCUCAGCUGCUGUAUCACCAAGCCUUGUGGCCAACAAGGUGCUGUCAGUCAGUGGUUUAGAAUUACCAAUCACAGAGUUUUGUUGUGCCUUUUGUGCAAGUGAGGCUUAGCUCGUGUGCAGGGAAAAUGGGCCUUAAACUGCUGUGUUGUGGCCAGACCAUGAACUUGGAGCCCAUGCAAAGAUGGGGAUUGGUGUAACAUUUGUGUUUACUGCAAACCUGAGGAAUGGACAUUUUCUUCAAUAAAUUGCAAAAUUCA